CGCAGUUGCGUGGGGGGCGGGGGCGUGGGUGUGCCCGCGUGUGCCCCUCUCCUGGCCCUGCUAUGGCCACGUUCUUCGGGGAGGUGGUGACGGCGCUGUCCCGGACCGGGGUGGACGAAGAGGAGGCGGAGCACGAGGAAACGCCCGAGGAUCUCGAGAUUCGCAGGGAGGUCGAAAAGAAAAGGGAGGUCCGCGUGCGCUGGAGCCCGCGCCCGGAGCCGACGCCCGACGCGCCACUGCGCUGUUGCCGCCUCGUCCUGGCCACCGGCCGCAACGCCGUGGCUUUCCUGUCCUCCUUUAUUGUGGAUUCUGUACAUUGGGAAGUAGUUGGAGCCAUCAGUUUGUGGAAUGAGUGGUGCAGGACAUCAGAUGCAACAAAUGUCCUUCCAACAGAUUCCUUCUGUUUGUUCUACCGAUUAAUAUCAGAUCCUACGGUUUUAUUGUGCCAGUGCAAUUGUUAUGUGGCUGAGGAUCAACAAUUUCAGUGGCUUGAAAAGGUUUUUGGCUACAUACAGAAGAAGGACUUACAAGUGAUCAUUCUUUCAACAUGUCCUGUAACUAAUUAUAAAACUCCAGAAUCCACUUUAACACUUCCUUCUCCUUUUCUGAAAGCUUUAAAGACCAAAGAAUUCAAAGACACAAUCUGUUGUCCAUUGCUGGAGCAGCCAAACAUUGUACAGGACCUUCCUGCUGCUGUUCUGAGUUACUGUCAAGUAUGGCAGAUUCCUGCAGUGCUGUAUCAGUGCUAUACUGAUGUCGUCAAACUGGAUACCGUUACAAUUGAAACAUUCAAGCCUGUGCUUUCUUCUAAGAUCAUGGCAAGUUUAGUCAAGGAUGUUCCUGAAAGCACAGAGAUGUUGAAGAAAUUACUGGCAACCAAUGAAAUUCAUAAUGAUAUCUACACAUAAAAUAGACAUCUACCUGCUGACCAGUACUGUAAAGUCUUAUGUAAUAUGCACUUUUGUAAACUACAGUUGCUUUCAAUGAAAAUAUUUUGGAAUUGUGCUUGUUUAGUUAAAGGUGAAAUAAAUACUGACUGAUUUUA